UUCAUCUGGGGUGUUAGGGACCCCGAAGCACGAAUGACACUCUACAUACCGAGAUUAUAUAGCUUUAAAGAUCGAUAUCUUAUUGUAAAACAAAUAAUUUUUUAAUUUUGGGAGAAUAAGACUUAAAUAUGGCGUCAAUUGGUCGUGGUCGUGGAUGGUUACAGCAUGACAAAAGCCCAUUGCCUAAACCAGGAAAAUUGACAUGUCCCGAGGAUGUUAAUCAUGCUGAUAUCGUUAACCUAAUUAACCAGGUUAACGACGAGAAUUUGACGGAAAAAGUAGAUGAAAUUAUAAAAUUGGUCAAUGAUGAAAUGAACGAACAAAAUUUUAAGGACAUACACGAAAAACUUUAUAAACAUGCUUUAAAUGAUAAGGAGUUUAGUUUGAAAUUGUGGGAGGUAUAUAAUAGCUCUAUGUUCAAAACCACGUGUGAUUCUGAAAACAGAAGUUUAUAUUCCCAUUUAGUAACGUCUUUUCAAGUUGAUUAUGAAAGAAGAAAAGAUUUAAGGGAAGAGAAUAUAACACAAUUUCAUAAUGCUAUUUGUCUAUUUGCGACAUUUUUAAGUUCUAGGAAAUUUAUUCUGGCAAAAACAUUUUUGUCGGCCUUAUUGGAUUACAUGGAAAUGCUAGUGGACACAGCUUCUGCUGAUGAUAUCAAAAUCUUUGCAGAAUUAGUAAUUAUAUGUGGACAAUAUUAUCACGGUUCUUUUAAAGAAGAAAUGGGUAACUUAAUGAUUACUGUAAGGGAAAAAUUAAUCAGAGACAAUUUAUCUGUUACAUCUCGUGGAAUUUUAUUAUAUGUAAUAGAUCUAGAAAGUAGGAAUUUUAAUCCACUUCCUAAAAGUCUACAGGAAUUUUAUAAAUCUCAGUUGGAAAGUAAUUUUAAAGAAGGGGAUAAUAAUGUGAUAAUUAAAUCUUUAACAGAAAUGGAAGAUGUUGUAGAGCAUAAUUCUUCAAAGAAUAACUCAAAUCAUCAGAAGCAAGAUCGUAAGCUUGUAAAAAAUCGAAGUUUAAGGGCAAUUCGAGGUUCUGGUGAUUGCAGAUAUAAACAGACUAAUAAUAUGAAACAAGAAAAAUAAAAUAAGUAACGAGCACACGUCGUGUACAUUUUUAUUACUUCAAUUAAUUGAUAGGUUGGUAUCAAAGCAAAUAUAAAAGUAAUUCCAAAGAAGUAGCAUGUUCAAAGUAUUAUCUGGAUGGAAAAAUAUGCAUGAUAUCACUACGAAUAUUACAUCACAAAGAAAACUUACAAAACUGAAUGUUAUAUUUUACUUUAAAAGACGUGGACGAUUAGAUGUAUCUUUUUAACAAAAAGAACGUACCGUGAUAUAUAUAUAUUAAUUUCCUAAUUAGUAUACUGCAAGUGUGUAUUAAGUAUCAUACUAUAACAUCACAUUGUAUUAUUAGCUAACAUUAAUCAAGUAGAACCAACCAAUACUAUAAACGAGUAGUUUUUAUAUAAAUUAUUCAUGUGUUUUUGUUUGUUGCAAAUUAUGUUUUUUAUCAAACUUAGAUGUUUAACACAUAACAAAGAUUUCUUAUUCAUUCGAAUGUAUUGUUUCUUUUAAUAAUAAUUAUUUAAUAAAAAUGA